AGCAAUUAGCUGCCAGGUUAUUCGCUAGUUUAUAAUACUUGGACGCUAUGAAUUACAAAAUCUUCUAUCUGAUACAUAUAUAUGGUUGAUUUUUUUCAAAAAAAUGCGAAAAUUAAUUAAUAUAUUUUCGUUUAAAUGAUUUGAGCAUGUUGGGCGAUAAGGAGCAAGUUGACAAGCAUGUACGUCACCUUCUUGCCAAGUGCUGCAGUUUAAAUGAACGAAAGCUGAAGGCACUUGAAAUUGCUAAGCUCUACUAUGGAGUCAAUCAGUUUGUAACUGCGAAAAGUUACGUUGAGGGUUACCUUGAAGUUAGACCUGAUUCUGUGCCUGCGCUUUUGUUGCAAGCGAAAAUUAACGAAGACUUAGACAAUUUAUCUGCUGCAUUAUCAGCAUACAAGAAGGUGUUGUCUCUGUCUUCUUCGGAUAAAACAACAAUACUUCAUGCAUGUUCUCUAGCCUUAGAGUCCAAGGAUGCUUCAGAGGUUGAGUUUUGGUCCGAAGUUUCGGAAGAUAUGUUUCCUUCAGAGAAAAUUACUUUUAUGCUAAAGGAAAAAGUAUUAUCCAGUAAGAACGAAAACUCUGCACUAUUGAAGCUUUUAAAGUCCCAGCUACAAAAAGAUGAAAGUGACUCAGAGGUUUGCAUUAAACUCUUUAAACUGCUUCACUCAUCGGGAUCACCUUCUAAUGCAUUUACACAUUGUUUGCGCUGCAUUAAUGCUGGACAUCAUUUUGGCAUUGCUAGCUGGUUUCAUGAAUGCUUGAGUUUUUUAGAGAGUUUUAAUCUGGUUAGCAUUAAUGAAAAUAUACCUGAACAGUCUUUGUCCUCGGUUCAUGCAGUGUGUUUGAUGGAGUUGAUUCGCGUUACAUCUCAAACUUCAUGUCUAUCUGACAUACGUGAUCUGCUUGCCAAAUUGGAAGUCAUAUCUCAUGAACUCAGUAAAUCUCAGUCUGGGAUUUUAAAUGCUCUAUACAAGUUCACUGUUGUGUGGCUUGAUUUUUAUGGUGGAGUAUAUGUGCAGCGUCGUCUGCUAGAUUCGUCUGCUGAGCCUUUAGAUAACUUUCAGUACUCCCUGGUAUAUCACUUUUACAAACGCGUAAUUACCAACCAACAGCCUCAGAUUUUCCAUGGAUCUUCAAGUCUUUCUGCCUUGGUGUGGUCUCAUCUUUAUCGGGAGAGUUUCUCACUUCGCAUUCAGGCAGGUCAUUUGGUGCAGUUGUUUACAUCCUUUCGGAACAAUAUGAGAUCUGAACAAUAUCAAACUGUCAACUUUCAGUCAUUACCUUGGAAACAGCUGAUGGAUUGGGUUGAUGGCAGUCCAGUACCUGAUAGCAUUAAAUCCCAUGCGUUUGAUUUUAACGCGGAUAAAAGCUACACUUUUGACAUCUUUGAUGCAAAGAAUUGUAUUCUAGAUUAUUUAUCCUCAGCUGAUUGUUUGAAUCUGAUUAUGUGGAUUUGUGCUCAACAACUUUCACCUGAGAAUUCAAAUCCCGAGGACUUUACUCUGAAUAUUCCCAGAUUAGAUUUCAUUUACAAAUUGGUGACAAAACUUUUCCCAAACUUGAAUUCCUAUUGUUCAUCGCCUGUUUUUGGAUCAACCAUUGAGGGUCAGUCUAUUCCAAACACAAGUAUUGAUCAACUUUGUCAAAUUGAUAUUAUCAACUUUAUGAUUACCUGCUUUCUUCACAUGUCUAUCAGAAGUCUUUCUAAACCUGAGUCAAAAUAUUCCAAAUCUCUAUGCUCGCAUUUAAUAAUUAAACCUGAAACAUCAGGUAUUGGGUUAGAUAUUCUUUUCUUACCUUUGUGUCUGAUUCCUGCUGCACAACUGUCCACCUCCACCCAACGUGCAUGGUGGUCUGCAUUUAUCAAGCAAGUAAUCGAGUCUGGUUCGCGCAGCACAAUAAAUGACAGUGACCGUGCUUUGUUACGAUGCGGUUUAAACCAACUUCGACUUGUAUUUCAUCCAACGAGCUGUUUGAAUGGUGGAAAGGGUAUUAUGAAUCCACCUCUUCUAUUCCGUGUGGCUCAGGCUCUCACUCACAUUGUACUUCAAUGUUCACCUAAGAAAAUGGAAAACAUUGAACUAUGGCCAUUACACUACUGGGAAGCAGCUCUCAAGAAUCACAUUUUGGGUCCUUCAAAUGAGCCUAGAACAUCUGUGCUUCAAUCGCUCAGUGGGUCUUUUUGUUCAGGUUAUACAAAUUCUGGUGUCAAUAAUUGUCUCAGUCCUUUGAGAAAUCGGAAUAUAACACAGCCUUCGAAAUCAGAGCUUACCGGUUCACAUAUCCUAUUUGUAUUACCAUCAAGUUACAAUGGUUGGCGUGGUGUUUUCAACGAAUCAGCCUCUGUUGUAUCCUUGUCUAGACAUUGGUGCAAUACUGGUUGGCUUUGGUGUUUUGAUAAGCUUGAAAGUCGGUCUAAAACAGCUGACAAGUUGGAUACAAUAGAUGAGGGUUUACUGCGAUCACUUAUACGUUUAUGUGAGUAUGAUUCAUCGAUUUGUAAUGAAGCAACUCGUUCAUGCGGUAACAGAUUAUUGAAUAGUCUAAUUCUCAAGUCAAAGCCGCAUGGAAUAAACAAUCUUAAAGCUGAUUUCGGGAAAGCGAGUUCAAGGUUCGAUGGCAAUCAGGAUUUCAGUGGUCUUGAGUCACAGUCGUCAAAACUUGGUUCGUUCGUGAAGACAUCUAUCCCCACAGAUCUCAGUAAUUCUAUUACACAAGAAUCGCAAACAGUUCUUUCGCCUUCGGUCAAAACAAACACUGACGAUGCUGUCUCACGUUUGAAUGUUGUGAACGACAAGAGAUCAAGCAACAUUUUUGAACCGUCCAAUACAGAAAAUCCACCAAUGACGAGUUCUCCAUGUCCCUCCCAACCACCAUCAUCAAUCAAUACGCCCAUCUGUUCUCCAUCUAAGGCUCCACCAAGUUCUACUCAUCACAUCGUACCGACUCUUACUUGCUCAUUGGUUAAAUUUUAUGACACCUUGCAAAGUACUGCUGGCGUACAGAUAUCGCAUACUGGUGCUGGUGAUCAAUCUGCUACUUCAGCUUAUCGUCAGGAUACUUGUUUGUCAAAUCUGAUCAGUGUUUGGCAGACCCUAGUCAGUGGUCUGUCAUGUCAGCUAGCUGAGACCAAGUUAGAGCUGACGCGUAGUCGAGAACUCAAUGAACAAUUAUCAAAGCAAUUAAGUGAAACUAGCAAGCAAUUAUCAGAUGCUGUUAACAAAUUUAUUGAAUUUCAAAAUAACAAUCAAAUUGCUACUGCAAAGUCAGCAGCCAACAUCAUUCCUGUAUCCUCUGCAUCGAAUGCUUUGCUUGAAACUCCUGCUCAAGAACUUUCAAAGGCUAUUACUGAACUUCGACACUGGCUUCCAGAAGGUAUGGCAGCAGCUGCUUGUGCUGCUGUGAAUGCACGCUUAUCACCACCAGGUCGUACACAAUCACUUGGUCAGCAUCAAUCACCAUGUCGUUCUGAAACACCAAUACAAUCAAACAAUCGUGUAACCGUACACGAACAACAACAACACCACCAUCAUCACCACCACCAACAACAACAGAAAAUCUCUACUGUAAUUUCAUCUCCAAAGCCACACUAUGAAGAUGUAGAAGAAUUUCCUGAAGCUUAUGAACCUACUGUUAACUUUAAACCAGUUUUAGAAACUUUACCAGAUCUUGUUGACUCAAAAACUGGUGAAGAAAAUGAUGAACGUUUGUUCUGUGAACGUGCUCGUCUAUAUCGUUGGGAAAAGGAAAGUGAAAGCUGGAAAACACGUGGUGUUGGUGAAAUUCGAAUUUUAAAGAAUACAAUUACUGGUAAAUGUCGAUUGGUUAUGAGACGUGAUCAGGUGAAGAAAUUGUGCGCAAAUCAUUAUAUUACCUCAUCUAUUAAGUUAUCUCCGUCUACGAAAGAUCCAAGAAUGACUAUAUGGGCAGCUAAAGAUUAUUCUGAAUCCACUGAAGGCAUUGAUGAACUUUUCAUGAUUCAGUUCAAAUCACCUGAGAUACUUGGUGAAUUCAGUCGUAUCUUCUCUGAGUGUACUGCUAAAACCAGUGGGAAUAAUGCACCUGCCGACACCGCAUCUGAGGCUAAAGACAAGUCUUCUAAGAAUAAAGUAACUCCUGCAAAAUCUCAACCAUCUUCUGCGACUGCUAUUCAGUCGACACCUAAUGUAGCCAAGCCACAGAUAGCAGAGUGCAAAAACAAUGCACAGGUUCCAAAACAAGUAGAUUCAAUGCUUUCAAAGUUUGCUCCUAAAUCCGGUUCAUGGGAGUGUCCUACUUGCCUACUAUAUCAUGAUGCUUCUGUAACUGUUUGCUCUGCUUGUAAAACACCUAAGCCUGGAUCUUCAAGUGUGUCCACGGCUACUGCUACUACUACCACCAGCGCUAGCGCCACCGCCACUUCUAAAGCUACUUUGUCCACACCAUUGUUUGGCGGUUUUUUGAAAAGUACCGGAGGAUUUGUAUUUGGACAGACAAAGACUUUGGAGUCCAGUGUUUCAGCCACAACUACCACUACAACAACAACAGCAACACCUACAACUACAACAGGAUCUGCAACACCACCUAAACCUGUGUUUAGUUUUGUUGCCACCUCGCCUAAGCUGAAUACAAAUCUAUUUCCGACUACAUCAUCUCAGACACCAGGAUCAAUGUCGUUUAUUUUCGGUAAUUCUCUUGGCACUACUACUACUACUACUACUACUACUUCGUCUUCUUCUUCUUCAUCGUUUGUUAAUGUAUUCCCGUCAACUCUGUCAACCAGUGAUAAGAAACCGAUAUUCCCACCAAUUGCAUCAACUACUUCUGUUGGCAGUGGUCAGUCGGGAUUCACUUUUUCUUUUGCUCAAGGUGAUAGUCAUGUUGAUAAUAAUAAUGAUGACGAUGAUGAUAAAGUCGAGUUGGUAGACGAUUCCAAAUUGACAUUUAAACCAGUACUUGAAGUGAUGCCUAAGAAAAUUGAAGUUUUUACAGGUGAAGAAAACGAUGAGGUGAUAUUUUGUCAUCGGGCGAAACUUUAUCGUUGGGAUAACAAUGCCUGGCAUGAACGUGGAGUUGGAGAUCUGAAAUUACUGCGUUCCACUGUUACUGGUGUCAUCCGUUGUCUAAUGCGCCGGGAACAUGUUUUAAAGGUAUGUUGUAAUCAUGUGGUCGGUGUUGGUAUGCAGUUGAAACCAAUGAAUACUGGCGGUGGUCGUGCAUGGAGUUGGUGGGCAAUUGACUAUGCUGAACAAUCUGAAGAAGGCGGCCAAACAACUGAAACUGAGUCUACAGAUUUAAAUGGAGGCCGACGUGAAACAUUUGCGGCUAGAUUUAAGCUUACUGAACAUAGUGAGGAGUUCCGUCGCCUUUUUGAAGAAGCUGUCCAAGCAGCUGAGGAUCGUUUGAAUACAUCUCAAUCAGGUGAAACGACGAAGCCGUCGAAAAAGUAUACAGUUGAUUUGGACCAACAAAGCGAGGAUACGGAUUCUGAUGUUGUUGUCGUUGAGCGUCCUUUAAAGGUAUCUAAUGAUCAAAUUAUUGAAGCUCGAAAGCUUAAAUUACCCGAUGGAUUUUACAGUUAUAAGAAUGGUGAAGUGACUGGUGAGUCAGAAGGUCUUACAGCAGAAGAAGAAGCCGAGGAAGAUUCAUUGUUAGAAGCUGCUAUACAGCGUCACACAACCCUGAACAGUAAACAGUCUGCUACUACUACUACUGCCUCUGUCGGUUUCUCUGUCACGACGCUUACACCGUCUUCUAAACAGAACGAUACGCCAACGCAGAAUAAACCAGUGACUACUGUAUCUCCGGCUACAUAUGUACCUCAAGUUAAAGGUUUGCUUGACUUCUCAGCACUGAAUUCUGCUGUGUCUAAAGACAGUCAACCAUUAUGGGGUUCAUCAACAAAAUCAUCAGGAUGGAGUAAUGCAGGUGCACAGUUAUUUGCUACGUCUACUACUACUACUACUAAUAAAGGUGAAGAGGAUGAAGAAGAUCCAUCUGCUGGUGAUCAUGAUCCUCAUUAUGAACCGAUCGUUGCACUACCUAAACUUACAGAAACUAAAACUGGUGAAGAAGAAGAGCUGUGCAUAUUUCUUCGACGUUGUCGUGCCUAUCGUUAUGUUGAUAAAGAAUGGAAAGAACGUGGUGUCGGUGAAAUAAAAGUUCUUGUCCGACCUCGUACAAUGCCUACAGAUGUACAUUUUGGACCACGUGAUGUUGUACCGUCAGAUUAUACACUAACUGAUAUUGGACGUGCACGUAUAUUAAUGCGUCGAGAUCAAAUCUUGAAAUUGUGCUUAAAUCAUCCAAUCAGUUCUGAUUUACCAGUAUUUAAACCAAUGGGUAGCUCUGCUAGUGCUAACAGUCUAUGCUGGGUUGGUGAAGAUUACAGUGAAGGUACUGGUAGUCUUGAAACGCUAGCAGUUAGAUUCAAGUUUGAUACAGAUGCGAAUGAAUUCAAAGCUGCAGUGGCUCGAGCACAAUCAGCACUGAAAAGUUCAUAA